CAACUGGGAACACUUUGCAUCAUCUGAAAGCGAGUAUCUGAGUUUCUGCUACUUUAAGCGAGUAGCCGCUCACACCUGCAAAAAAAAAAAACACAUGUGCACACAGAGAGCUCACCGUUAUAACAAACAAAAUUUCCCUCCUCUCUCUCUCUCUAUCUCUCUCUCUUUCGUUUUUUUGGAAGCUCUCUCUGUCUCUUCAGAAGGCAAAAGCACUUCCCUCUCCUGCCUCCUCUCUCUGUUUUUGUGCUUUGAGACCAAGAAAAUCAAUGGCGGCGACACCGUUACUGAAGCCACCGGUGGACCUGCAAUACAGUUUGUCGCUGUACGUGGGUGAUUUGGACCCAGAAGUCACAGAAAUGGACCUGAGAACUGCUUUUUGCUCCGUGUGUCCCAUUUACACCCUUCGCCUCUGUCGCUGCGCUUACACCGGAAAGUCUCUUUGUUACGGCUACGUCAACUUUUACUCUCACAACCAAGCAUCUGAAGCUCUGCGUAAAUUAAAUCAUAUGUACUUGAAGGGAAAACCCAUGAGGUUAAUGUGGUGUCAGAGGGACCCUUACGCAAGAAAGAGUGGCACUGGCAAUCUUUUUGUGAAGAAUCUAGACUUUUCUAUUGAUAGUGCUCGUUUGGAGAGCAUGUUCUGCAAGUUUGGGACUAUACUUUCUUGCAAGGUGGUUGAAGAAUAUGGCAAGAGCAAGGGUUUUGGGUUUGUCCAGUUUGAUUCAGAGAAUUCUGCCUUGGCUGCUCGAACUGCUCUUCAUGAUACUAUGCUUGAAGGAAAGAAACUGUAUGUAUCCAAAUUUAUCAAGAGAAGUGAGAGGGCAGCAACCACGCUCUAUGAAGAAUCAAACUUUACAAAUCUUUAUGUUAAAAAUCUGUCUGAUAAUGUGACGGAGGAUACCCUUCAUAACAUGUUUUCUGAAUUCGGCAAGGUUUGUAAUGUUGUCAUCAUGAAGGAUCAUGAUGGGACUUCAAGAGGUUUUGGAUUUGUCAAUUUCCAUUCACCACAAGGUGCUAAGAAAGCUGUUGAUGCUUUAAAUGGUUCUUUACUAGGUUCUAGGACUUUAUUUGUGGGAAGAGCCCAAAAGAAAGCUGAGAGAAUAAAGAUAUUACAACAUGCACACAAGGAUACUUUUGACAACCAUAGUGAGAAGUUGAAGUCAAAUGUGUAUGUGAAGAAUCUUGAUUUUCGCAUUGAUGACAACAAAUUACGAAACAUGUUCAGUACUUGUGGAAGGAUAGUUUCAGCAAAGGUGAUGAGGUAUGAUAAUGGGGUGAGUAGAAGAUUUGGAUUUGUGUGUUUCUCAAGUCCUGAAGAAGCAAAGAAAGCUCUGCACACUUUCAAUGGAAUCAUGUUUGAGGGGAAGCCCCUCUACGUGGCAAUAGCUCAAUGUAGAAAAGAUCGACGCCUGGAACUGGAGAAGUAUAUUGCCACAUGCCAACCUCAGUCUUUAUAUCCUUCUAGCAGCAAUGUUAUUGCACCUCCAAUUGGCUCUCUUUAUUACAAUUUCUCUACUGUACAUCCAGCAAUCCCUUUCCUUCAGCAUCCUUUCUCAUACCAAAAUUUUGGUGCAAAUAUGGGAGUCCAGUAUCCUUUGGGAGCAGAGAAUUACCAGCAACAGUUUUAUUUUCGAUUGGGACAAAUGCACCAAAGCACUCAGAACCUCUCAACCCAGGUCUGCCAACCACAUUCUGGAAGACAUGCUAUCUCAAAUCUUCGUGAUCGAGAUCUGAACUAUGGGUAUGCUGGGAUUCAAAGUUAUGGCCCCACAAAAAGGUGGAACAAAAAAGGUGGAGCUGCAGGAAGUACUUCCAGAGGAUCACAAGCUACCACCGGUUUUGCUGCAGCGGAAUCUAAUGAUAAGUCCAAGAAAGACAAUUAUCAGCAACCCUUGGUUGAGAAUAUUGAGUGUGCAGGGAAGAUGAAUGAAAUGAUGGUGAAUGCUUUUCAAGUUGGCAGGGCAGCUCAAGUGCUGAAGGAGGCUAAUACUUUGAAGAGUGGAGAUAUUGGUGGAAUGUGCCCCAAGUCUCCCAAGUCUGCUUGCUGUCUGAGGUUCUAGAGUUGGUGACAUUGCCAGUUUUUAACAUUCUCAACACUACUUCAGAGUGUUUGUUAGGUGUUGGUGCCUUUUGUAAUAACCUACAAUUUCAAUAUGUUUACUAAUUUCCUUUUUUUUUUUGUCUCUAAAGAAAUGUUCUCUGCGUACUUUGUAAAUCUUUACUAGGAAAGACCAACAUCAGUUUUGUCAUAUAGAAUAUGGGAUUUUAUGUUUUUAUGACCAUAUCUUUUUUUCGUCCCACUUCUAACUUAUGUUUGGCUGCGGUGCGGAAAAAUAACACUUGAGAAAAUUUGAAGUGUGCCUGUUUUCUUGGAGCUGAA